AUGAUCUCCACCGACCAGAUACUCGAGAAAGCGGCGCACGAUGGCUCCAUCUCCCUCGACGACUGGGCAAACUCCUUGCAGGAGAUCCUGCAGCGACUCCACGACAUUGUGCAUACCGAGUUUCCGAUCCCUUCGAUCCCUCUGCCGGUAGAGGCGCCGGUGACGGCUGAGAUUGAUCCGGAGGUGGUUGCGUCGACGCCGCCGCAGAUUGAGAAGAGUGAGGAGCAGGGUUUGACUGCGGAGGGGAAAGAGUGUGAGGUGUCGUCGAGUAGUCAGAAGGAGAAUGUGCCUGAUGCGCCGACGGAGAUGGUGGCUGGACGGCCGCCUGAGAUCAGCGAUUCACAGCGAACAGAAGAGAUGCCACCACCAGCUAUACCAAACGAUGAAGUCGAAGCGCCUCCUGGAACUCUACCGCCGGAUCUCCUCAGCUCAUAUCAGAUGUCGCGGCGCGUGCUCGAGGAACAGUUCUCAGCAAGUCCACCGUACACUGUGCAACGAUUGGCAGAGUUGGUACUACGGCCGAAGCGACACUACCGAUACCUGCCUGCAUAUCUUCGCGCCCUCGAUCGCGUCGUCGCAGUGAGCUCACCGGUCUCCGACUUCCCUCUGCCAUCGCUACACAAUUCGCUCAAUGGCGGCUUCCUCUCGAAUGGCGAAGUCCAAGUCAACGGCAUCAGCGAAAGAGAGGGAUUGGGCAGCGACGAGAGCUUAGGUGGAGCACUACUCACACCGAUUCCCUGGCUCCGCAACCAAGCCAACGUCUUGACACCCACACCCGCCUCCGGCACCGGUACAGAAGGCGAACUCCACAGCGAAAGCACCGAAACAAUCGAAGGCCCCCACGGCGCCGGCAGCAUCGAGACAGUCUCCGUGACCGUCAACGGUAUCUCCAGCACCACAACCCCAUCCGGCGUCCAGCCCUCCUCCUCCCCCAUCGCCUCUCCAACCCUCUCCGAGCAAAGCGACGCUAGUACCUCGUCUGAAGCAUCGGCGUCAGCCACAGAAGCGAGCCUCCGCGAACAAGGAGGUGUAACGCAGGGUGAGUUGCUCCGUCAAGAGCAAGAGGCCGGAGUUGUCCCAGUCAACCCGCACGGCCACCCCUUGACACCGCGCAGAACACUAAUCUCUGGAGGCGCAGCUGCUGUUGGGAGGGAUGUGCCUAACCCCACUACAGGAGGACAGCAAGAGGUCACUGUUGAUGAAGAGCAGCCACAUGCUAGAGGUCCGGAGACGAUCGGGAUGGAAGAUAUGGGGCCGCAGCCGGCGGGGAAUGCCGCGGGUGCGGGUGCGGUGUUGGAUAUGCAGGCUGCGGUUGGAAGGGGGAGGAGUCCGCAGCCUCCUGUUGUUGGUGAUGUGAAUGAGGAUGAGGAGAUGGAGGGCAUGGGAGAGCCGGGUGCGCCGGGGCAGGAUCCGAAGGACGUGGAUAAGGCGGUGGGGAGGUUGAAAGAGGCCAUGCAUAGGGAGAAGGGGUUGAAGGCGAGGGAUGAGGAUGGGGAUGUGGUGGUUGCUGAUGUGGAUGGGAAGCCGGUUGGGGACGAUAAGGAGAAGGAAGGCGAUGAGGCUGUGCCCGAUGCUGUUGAUGCGUCGGGACAGUAG